CGCAAACAUACCCCAGCGCCUUCCCCAAUCCUCCCUUCCUCCACACCUUGGCAUCAUAGAGCCGAAGAGGUGGGAGGGCUGCAAUGGCCGAACUGCAAGCCUCUGAGCUCCCGGGGGACCCUGCCCUGAGCAGCGGCCGGUUCACUAUUAGCACCCUGUUAGGGGGUGAGGAUGGGGGUCGAGCCCACUACGGGCAGCCCGACUCGCCUCCUGCUGCCUAUGACACCACGCACAGCAGCACCUUCUACAUGCGGACCUUUGGCUACAAUACCAUCGACGUGGUGCCCACCUAUGAGCACUAUGCCAACAGCGCCAUGCCCGGCGAGGUCAAGAAGGUGAGGCCCACUCUGGCUGACCUCCACUCAUUCUUGAAGCAGGAAGGCAGCCACCUCCACUCCCUGGCCUUUGAGACCCGAUCCAGCCACGAACUAUCUGAUGGAUUGGUGGAAGAUGCCAGCAGUGCAGCCGGGGAGAAGCCAGUAGGGGAGCCUGUGCGAUUCGGCUGGGUUAAAGGAGUGAUGAUCCGAUGCAUGCUCAACAUAUGGGGAGUGAUCCUCUACCUGCGUCUGCCCUGGAUCACAGCCCAAGCUGGCAUUGUCCUGACAUGGGUCAUCAUCCUCCUCUCGGUGACAGUGACCACCAUCACUGGCCUCUCCAUCUCUGCCAUCUCCACCAAUGGCAAAGUCAAGUCAGGUGGCACCUACUUCCUUAUCUCGAGGAGCCUGGGCCCAGAGCUAGGUGGCUCCAUUGGCCUCAUCUUUGCCUUUGCCAAUGCCGUUGCUGUGGCCAUGCAUACUGUGGGCUUUGCUGAGACUGUACGGGAUCUACUCCAGGAGUAUGGCUCUCCCAUAGUGGACCCCACCAAUGACAUAAGAAUCAUCGGCGUAGUCACGGUCACAGUGCUGUUGGCCAUUUCCUUGGCUGGGAUGGAAUGGGAAUCUAAGGCCCAAGUGUUAUUCUUCCUGGUCAUCAUGGUCUCCUUCGCCAACUACUUCGUGGGAACCCUGAUUCCUCCAUCUCAGGAAAAGGCAUCGAAGGGCUUCUUCAGCUACAGGGGGGACAUUUUUGCCCAGAAUUUAGUGCCAGCCUGGAGGGGCGUCGACGGAAGCUUCUUUGGAAUGUUCUCAAUCUUCUUCCCAUCAGCCACUGGCAUUCUUGCAGGUGCCAACAUCUCCGGGGACCUAAAGGAUCCUGCUGUGGCGAUCCCCAAAGGCACCUUAAUGGCCAUAUUCUGGACGACAUUCUCCUACCUGGCCAUCUCGGCUACCAUUGGCUCUUGUGUGGUUCGAGAUGCCUCUGGAGGCCUCAACGACACAGUGGUCCCAGGUUCCUCCGACUGUGAAGGGCUGGCAUGUGGCUAUGGCUGGAACUUCACUGAAUGUAGCCAGAAGCACAACUGCCACUAUGGGCUCAUUAAUUACUACCAGAGCAUGAGUAUGGUGUCUGGCUUUGCACCCCUGAUCACUGCAGGCAUCUUUGGGGCCACCCUCUCUUCUGCCCUGGCCUGCCUUGUCUCUGCUGCCAAAGUCUUCCAGUGCCUCUGUGAAGACCAGCUCUACCCUCUCAUUGGCUUCUUUGGGAAAGGCUAUGGAAAAAACAAUGAGCCUGUCAGAGGCUACCUCCUGGCUUACGUCAUUGCUGUGGCCUUCAUUCUCAUUGCGGAGCUCAACACCAUUGCUCCCAUCAUCUCCAACUUCUUCUUGUGCUCCUAUGCACUCAUUAACUUCAGCUGCUUUCAUGCCUCCAUCACCAAUUCUCCAGGAUGGAGACCCUCAUUCCACUAUUACAACAAGUGGGUAGCCCUAUUUGGGGCAGUCAUCUCUGUGGUCAUCAUGUUUCUCCUCACCUGGUGGGCAGCCCUUAUCGCCAUUGCUGUUGUCAUCUUCUUGCUGUUAUAUGUGCUCUACAAGAAGCCAGAGGUGAACUGGGGAUCUUCAGUCCAGGCUGGUUCCUACAACUUGGCCCUGAACUAUUCAGUAGGACUCAACGAAGUUGAAGAGCACAUUAAGAAUUACAGACCCCAGUGCCUGGUCCUUACUGGGCCUCCAAAUUUCCGGCCAGCCCUGGUGGACUUUGUGGGCACAUUCACCAGGAACCUCAGCCUGAUGAUCUGUGGGCACGUAAUCAUUGGACCUCGAAAACAGAGGAUGCCAGAGCUCCGGCUCAUCUCCAAUGGACACACAAAGUGGCUGAACAAAAGGAAGAUCAAGGCUUUCUACUCAGAUGUGAUUGCAGAAGACUUGAGGAGUGGAGUCCAGAUUCUAAUUCAGGCAGCCGGUCUUGGGAAGAUGAAGCCCAACGUUCUGGUGGUUGGAUACAAAAAGAACUGGCAGUCAGCUCACCCGGCCACGGUGGAGGAUUACAUCGGGAUCCUCCAUGAUGCUUUUGAUUUCAACUAUGGUGUGUGUGUGAUGAGGAUGAGAGAAGGUCUCAACGUCUCCGAAGUGAUGCAAGCCCACAUUAAUCCUGUAUUUGACCCAACUGAAGACCAGAAGGAAGCCAGAGUCAAUGGAUCAAGGCCAUCUGUCAGUGUGAAUCCAGAGGUCCUGGUGGCUGAAGAACAAGCUAGCACCAUAUUCCAGUCGGAACAGGGCAAGAAGACCAUUGAUAUCUACUGGCUCUUUGAUGAUGGAGGCCUCACUCUCCUGAUUCCUUAUCUCCUUGGUCGAAAGAAGAGGUGGAACAAGUGUAAGAUCCGAGUGUUUGUUGGGGGCCAGAUCAACAGGAUGGAUGAAGAGAGAAAGGCAAUUAUUUCACUUCUGAGCAAGUUCCGUCUAGGAUUCCAUGAAGUUCAUGUCCUUCCUGACAUCAAUCAGAAGCCUCGGCCAGAACACACCAAGCGCUUUGAGGACAUGAUUGCCCCUUUCCGCCUGAAUGAUGGCUUCAAGGAUGAGGCUACCGUCAGUGAGAUGAGACGUGAUUGCCCCUGGAAGAUCUCGGAUGAGGAGAUCAAUAGGAACAAAAUGAAGUCCCUCCGGCAGGUGAGACUGAAUGAGAUUCUACUGGAUUACUCUCGAGAUGCUGCUCUCAUUGUCAUAACCUUGCCAAUAGGAAGGAAGGGGAAAUGCCCGAGUUCCCUGUACAUGGCUUGGCUGGAAACUCUCUCUCAGGAUCUGAGACCUCCUGUCAUCCUGACCAGAGGAAAUCAAGAAAAUGUUCUGACAUUUUACUGCCAAUAAGGCCAGGACUGGGCCUCAACUCUCGCCCCAGCUGUCCAUGUGUGGGAACUGGCUGGCCCUCUUUCUCAGACACCGAGGAUUCAUGUUACUGCUACAGUGUAAGCAGACACCAGUGACACCAUAGUAAGCAGAUUUCCAAGCACUGUUUCAACUUUAUUUCCCUUAGCUAAUGUGUCUCUUAGAUCUCAUCUCCUUUUCUGUGCCAUGGACCUCUUUGGCAGUCUGGUGAGCCCAUGGACCCCAUCUCAGAAUAAAGUUUUUAUAUACAUAAAAUAAAAUACAUAGGAUUGCAAAGGAAGCCAAUUAUACUGAGAUGUUGACAUAAAAAUAUUCAAACUUAAGUUCACAGACUUAAGGUCAAGGCCUCCUGCUUUAGGUUGAUCAUAAGGAAGGGGAAAAAUAUCUUGACCCACAUUUUCUUUUUGAAGUUUUCAUUUGGCCAUCAUUAUAGCUAUUUUAAAUCCAUAACUUCAUCUCCGUGCAAAGCUCCUGGGUCAGAGUUACUUAAGGGUUUGUUAGCAUUUUUGAAAAAAUAUUUUCACCUAUUCCUUGUGCUUUGGCAUCAGGAAAAUCUCAGCUGGGCCACUUCCAAUUAGUCAAAGGUUUGGGGAAUUUGGUGUUGGUAUUGUGGCAAGAAUGAUGAUCUUGGUGUCAAGAGAACUUGGGUUCAAAUUCCAACUCUAUCUCUUAAUGCCAGAAUGGACCAACAGUCACUUAACUUUCCUAACCUGUAAAAUGAGGGGAGCUAAACUGAGUGACUCUUAAGGUACCUUUCAGCUCUAAAUCAAUAUGCUGGGAAAUUCUAUGACAUUAUUUCUCUAGUGAUCUUUCAGCCAAUGAAUUCUCAUUUGGGUUUGUUCCUUGACCUUAAUUUAUUUUGGGAAAAUACCCAAUUCUAGCAUGGUGGCUUGACUGUCUCAAAGAAAGGAGGAAGCUAUAAGGUCUUGGUGAUUGUUAAGAAAUGAUAGAAUUUGGGUUAACAGAAUAAAGGGAGGAAAGCAAAGAAAAAGGAGUCUAAAGAUGACAGUGCAAGAUAUUUAAAGAGCCCAUGGAAAGAAAUGUUGGUGGGGUGAUGAGAAAUCUGGGAUAAGGUUGGAGGACAUAUUCAUAUGGCAGAGGUAACAAAACAGAAAGGAAGAAAAGCAAA